GUUGAUCGUGAGGGGAAGUGAAGCUGCUGAUUGGCCCGUCCAGCCAUCAGUUUUGCGCGGAGAGUGUGGGCGGUGCUUGUCUGAUGGCGGACCCGCCUCCCCCCCCUCACCACUGCUUCCGGUUGUGUGAUGAUGGCAGGGAGAGGUCCUCGGGCCGUGCCGCUGUUCGUCUUGUUCCUCGCCGGGGCGACCGCGCGGAUCCACCACCUCACCCUCCGGGAUGACACCAGAUCGAAAGUUCAUUUGAACACCUUUGGCUUCAACACCAAUGGGACUUUGGAGGUCAACCUCACGAAUCUUCGAUUAAAGACAGCUCUUGACUUGAGGAAGAUCAUAAUGGGGUUUAGCCUUUCAAAAACGAAGACUGAUGGUGUGGCUGCCUAUACAGUAGAUGAGUCUGAUGCAUGUUUGCUCGAGAAAUACAACAGUUCUUCAGGGGAUUCCCUCACCCUCUUCAAGUUUGAUCUAACACAGAAAAAAGUUUUCAUGAAGAAACAAGGUGGACAGAAAAAGCUGUGGAUAGUGGGACCGGAUUAUCAACAGAACUCUGAAACGAAAAAUACACCGGAUGCGAAGAAAGAUGAUAAACAGGCAAAGAGCCAGGAGACAAAAGGAACAGACCAAAAAGACAAGAAUGGUUCAAAGACAAGACGGAAAAGAGAAACCGAUCAAAGCAAGACCAAAGAAGCGUCAAAAGGAAAAGUGCAGCCGAUUAAAGAGAGCAAAGCUGAAAAGAACGAGGAAGUUUUUGAAUUGCUCUAUACAAAUGCAAGCUACACCUUCAAUUUCUUUGUGAAGGUUCUAAGCCCAGCAGAGGAAGGUCUUUAUACACUCAGCUUCCACAACUGUCAUAAGAUCCCUUCAGAGAAAAAACAUGCUGUUGCAUUUGACAUGACAAUUGACAUAACGGCGAGAAAUCCGAGGACCUACCUUUCGGCUGGCGAGUUCCCCCUGCCUCUGCUGUAUCUAGUGAUGUCUGGUUUUUUCUUUGUGGCAGCCUUAUUCUGGGUUUCCCUGCUCCUAAAACACAGGAGCAGUGUGUUUAAAAUCCAUUGGUUGAUGGCUGCAUUGGCAUUCACCAAAUCCAUCUCCAUACUGUUCCACGCUAUAAACUACUAUUUCAUUGCUGUUAAAGGAUCAGCGAUUGAAGGUUGGGCUGUCAUGUACUACAUUACUCAUCUAUUGAAAGGUGCCUUGCUGUUUAUUACUUUGGCUUUGAUCGGCACAGGAUGGGCUUUUAUAAAAUAUAUCCUGUCAGAUAAAGACAAAAAAAUCUUUAUGAUCGUGAUUCCUCUUCAGGUGUUAGCAAAUACAGCCUUUAUCAUCAUUGAAUCGACUGAAGAGGGGACGAGUGAGUACGCUUUGUGGAAGGAGAUUCUGUUCCUAGUGGAUCUUAUUUGCUGUGGAGCGAUUCUGUUUCCUGUUGUUUGGUCAAUUAGGCACUUGCAGGAGGCUUCAAGCACAGAUGGUAAGGCUGCAAUGAAUCUGGCCAAAUUGAAACUCUUCAGGCAUUUUUAUGUCAUGAUUGUUUGUUAUAUAUAUUUCACCAGAAUCAUCGCUAUUCUUCUUAAAUUCACUGUCCCGUUUCAGUGGCAGUGGAUGUACAACUUUCUAGUAGAGGCGUCAACACUGGUGUUCUUUGUGCUGACUGGGUACAAGUUUCGGCCAGCCUCCAACAACCCCUACUUACAGCUCCCUCAGGAUGAGGAGGAUGUCACGAUGGAUGAAGUAGUGACUGAGUCGGGUUUGCUGGCAAGUGUGACCAGAGUGAAGAAAAGCAACUUUGAAAGGGAGCAAAUCCGGGAUUCCUCAGUAUGAACAUGUGCAAUUUAGGAUUGAAUGUUACCAAGGAAAAGAGGCCCACUCUGAUCUCCACACGGACAUUGGGAGAAGGAACUAACGCAGGAAUUCCAAACAGAUCAGAUGGAUUGGCAAGCAAGUGGAAAUUCCUGUUAUAAAACUGUUAAGCAAAGUAAUGUGACUGACUGAUCUGUAUAUAUGUCAUACAAAAAGGUAUAUCUUUAUAUAAUGUAGCAAACUGGAGUAUAUCUGCCUGAAUCUUGAAAACCAAAUUCCUGGUUUUGGUGGAAAGCAGCUUUGACUCUGAUUAGGCAGAUUCUUGGGGAACUAAUUUUCCCUUUAAAUUGUGGUUUGCUUUCCCAUGCGACUGUCCUCCUGCUCGAAUUACCUUGUAAAUAUGAACUGCUUGUGUGCCCACUCUACCUACAGUCAGUUUGCAGAUACGCACAAUAUGCAGUGGUAUAAUCUUCCCCCGUGGCCUGUCCAGUCAGUCCUGUCCCCUUUUUCCAAGAGCAGAUAAUGUUACCAAGCUCUCUCGACUGGUUCAGAAGAACUGUGAACUGUGGCUUGCUGGUCUCCCAACCCAAAUCUGCGGGCACGAUUCCUGUGUGGAGAGCCCAUGUUCUACUGAAACACAGCAUUGCCUCAUGUGAGAGUGCACAUGAUUUGUGACAACUCUCUAUGGCUGGGAGUAGGGAAAACAAGCCAGAACACAGCAACCAUUUUCCCUAUUACUCUAUUUUUUUGGUAUUUUUCAUAAAAUGUAAUUCCUUUUUUUUGGGGGUGGCGGCAAAGAGAUGGAGUGGUGUCUGUGCAAGAAUUUCGACUUUCCAAUGCGUUUGCUGGAGAAGGUAUGCAAAUCAGUUGGGUCGCUGCAAUGGAGUAGAACCUUGUUUUUUUUUGUGAAAUGCAGAAGAUUUUGGUUUGGCAGUGACAUUUUGCUGAGCCCUUGGAUUGGUACGAACUCUGCUUCAUUCCCAAUUUUCCAGAGCGUGGUUUAAAGGUGGCCAGUUUUGUAGUGUGUUUACUUUUUCGAUAAUUUCAGUGCUGUAUCGUGGAGAACUCCUGAUUUGGGUUUCCUGUUUUAAAAGGGUUUGAGCCAACUUGAUGAGGAAAUAAUAAUAAUUUGUAUAAAAAUUGAUCUUUAUAAAGAAAUUGUGGGUAUAGAGAGUUGUAUAAUUUUCUUACAAGCCUAUGUACGAUAUAUAUUUAAAAAAGAGCUUUUAUGCUUUUGAAUUUGCAUUCCCAGUGCUCAAAUUAUGGCACUCUUGAAGAAUUCUUCAAAUCAGCUAUUUCAUUUUGGUACUUUCUUUCUCUAGUUUCAUUUUCUGUCUCUCCUCAUUC